GCUGUUAUCAAACUACUUCCGGGUUAUCUCUCACUGAUCGGAUCGGAAAAUAUAAUUCCAAAACAAAAUCGAGAAUCUAAAGAUACCCAAGGCGGGGUUUCUGUCUGGAGGCGCCGUCAUGUAAACAGAAGAGUGAUAUUCGAGGACGUCACAAAUGAGGAAAAUUAGACUUUGGCUCUGAGUGUCUCCGACCCACACGCCGGAACUGAAAGUGUCAGUGGUGCUCCGAAAAGGCAGAUGCAAAACUGGAGAAAAUAAGAAUACGCAAAGAGUUUUCACAUAGGGGAAGAAAUGGCUUUCUUGGACAAUCCAGCUAUUAUUCUGGCCCACAUCAGACAGUCACACGUGACCAGUGAUGAUACAGGAAUGUGUGAAAUGGUGCUUAUCGACCAGGAUGUGGAUCUGGAGAAAUGUCAUCUGGCUCAAGUACCUGGCAGCAGCUAUGAGUCAGCAAUGUUAGGUUCCUUCAAUGAGGGGUUUGGCACCACUACAGACAGCCAUACUUGUGACCUCUCCCAAUCAAUGGACAUCACCUCUAGCUGGGACUUUGGCAUCCGUCGACGCUCCAACACAGCCCAAAGACUUGAAAGACUGAGGAAGGAGCGUCAAAACCAAAUCAAAUGUAAAAAUAUUCAGUGGAAAGAAAGAUCAUCUCAAUCAGUGGAGGAUCUGGGGUCCUUUUUUGAAAAACGUGACUUUAAAGAUAGAACGCGGUCGACAUGUGUGAAAUCUACUCUUUCGCUACGACUGGAGCAAUGUCCCCAGCAGCUCAACAACCCCUUCAAUGAAUACUCCAAAUUUGAUGGCAAGGGCCAUAUUGGCACAACGGCGACAAAAAAGAUAGAUGUGUACCUCUCAAUGCAAAUGGGUCAGGAAAAAGUUUCUCCCAUGGCAGUAGUAACCAUUGCGAAUGCCCGCGUUCAUGAUCUCAUUGGGCUUAUUUGUUGGCAAUACACAAGCGAGGGACGAGAACCCAAACUCAAUGAGAAUGUGAACGCUUACUGCCUUCACAUUGCAGAAGAUGAUGGUGAAGUGGACACAGACUUCCCUCCUCUGGACUCCAAUGAGCCAAUCCACAAGUUUGGUUUCAGCACUCUUGCAUUGGUGGAGAAGUACACCUCACCUGGCCUUGGUUCACGACAAUCGCUGUUUGUCAGAAUAAAUGCUGCUCAGGGGUUUUCAUUAAUCCCCGUGGACAGUCUGAAAGUAACCAUGAAGGAAAUUCUUCAGAAAGCACUCAAGAAGAGGAAAGGAUCACAGAAAGGAUCAGGGCCUUUGUAUCGUUUGGAGAAGCAAACAGACCCAAAUGUUGCUGUAGACCUAGACUCCACUCUUGAAAACCAGAGCACUCUUGAGUUUUGCCUCGUCAGAGAAAACAGUACCAGAGGUGAGGAGAGUUCGGAGGAAGACCCACCCAUUGACAUCACUUCAGUCCAAGAUAUGCUGAGCAGCCAUCACUAUAAGUCAUUCAAGAUUAGUAUGAUCCACAAGCUGCGUUUCACAACAGAUGUUCAACUCGGGAUUUCAGGAGAAAAGGUAGAAAUUGAUCCUGUCACCAAUCAGAAGGCCAGCACAAAGUUUUGGAUUCGACAGAAACCCAUUUCUAUUGAUUCGGACCAUCUUUGUGCCUGUGACCUUGUCGAAGAAAGAAGCCCCAACCAUGCCAUAUUCAAGAUCACUUACAUGAGCAACCAUGACUAUAAACCUCUCUACUUUGAGUCUGAUUCUGCCACAGUCAAUGAAAUCGUUCUCAAGGUGAACUACAUCCUCGAGUCAAGAGCCAGCACCACACGGGCUGAUUAUUUUGCCCAGAAGCAGAGGAAACUCAGCCGUCGGACAAGUUUCAGUUUCCAGAAAGAGAAGAAGGCCGGCCAGUAGAGAGACUACAUUUGUGCAGCUAUUAUUUUGUCAAGAAAACUGUAGUCCGACUCAUAGAGACUUUUCAACCGAAAUUCACUGAAUAAACUCACAAACAACCACAGAUUAGAAGAGAGAAGGAUUGAGUCCAAUAAUCCCAACAGACAACAAAAUAGUGAUAUAAAUUGUCUAGAUUGGUUCUAUUGGGUGGCAAUAGCUCACCUGGUAGCACUUGUGCUUUGAAGCCAGAGGAACACAGUUCAAGUUCUGCUGGGAAUAAAAUGUGAAAAUGCCCACUCGAGGUCCAGCACUUUUUGGGGACCUUUUCAUUCUGACUUUUUUCCUUGAAUGUCUGCAUGCAUUUGAUCUGCAGUUGAUUGUUUUUUUUCCCCUCAAUGGGUAACAAUGAGUAAAAACAUUUUGCAAAAGACAAAUUAAAAUUUAUAAACAGUCCACAAAAUGGCAUUUUUCUCC